AACUCCGCCGGCUGAAGGCGACCGGAGGCCACGCACGGGAACCCACGCACGCGGAGGAAUGACACCGACUUCAGAAUAAAAGAUGAGAUUAAAGUUUCCACUCAGCGACACGACGACGAUGCGGACAACAUGCGAGAAGUGUCUUAUUUUGAAGUCUUUCUUCAGGAAGUUGUGUGGGCCUUGCGUAACGUGGUUGCUGCUGGGAGAUGUAGUUUUUUGGACAUUCAGACGUUCUGUAUAUAUUAUUAUCAAAUGAUUAUUAGUAUUCUAAUAAUUCUUCAAUACUUCUUAAUACUACUAAUGUAUUUUCAUUAGUUAAUUAAAAAAAUGCUUAAUUUAAUUUAAUCAAUUGUCUAGGUAAGAAAAAACCUGAAAUUAACAUCUUUGUGAAUCCUAUAUUGUUUUAAAUUCAAAACGUUAAAAGCCACAUAAAAUAUUUGUCUGAGUUAUUAUGCAUAGGUGUAAAACAAUAUGUAGAACUCUAAUCUAGUGCAGCUGAGAACAUUAUUUCACUGUUUUUACUUUCUUCUGCCCUCUUCUGGAUCUUUACUGAAAUGGUAGUUUUAUCUCCUGUUGAAUGAAGUUUGGCUGAAUUUACACACAAUGAUGAAGCUGAGCACCUUUUUCCACCUUGUUCAGGAAGGACAUGCACAACGCCUUUCCUGUUUCCCAUAAUGCAAUGGCUCUGCUGUCAGAUAAUUAGCUAUACUUGCCUUCAACUGCUCACACCUGAGUUCAGUUAGUCGACAGGGUAAGAGGGGGGGUCGACCAAAGAAAGCUCUCUUCAGUCACUCCCUGUUUUUAAAUCGGGUUCAGUUUUUUCGUGGAGUUGACAGAAGUGCUUGUGUUUGCUGCUUCACUAAACGGCAACUGUGGCUGAAGCCAUGGAGUUUCUCUUGAGGUGGUUUCUGUUGUCCUUGAUAGCUGUUGGAAGACAUCAAGCUCAUGGUUUCAGUGUUGGAUAUGCUGAGAAGCAUGGCGGUAAUGACGUGCCAGUUGCAGGCUAUCAACCAUAUGUAAAUGGCUUUAAAGCUGGAGACAGAUCUUCAUGGAGGACUUGGCCUCGUGGGGGUGGUUCAACCUCAAAUACAUUUGAGCCACAGAUUGCAGAUUCUGGAUAUCUGCCUAAGCGACAGAAGCCCCAAAUCUCCCAUCAACCUAGCUAUCAUCAGCAGCAUCAUCAUCAGCAGCAGCAGCAGCAGCAGCAACAACAACAACUUGGCUAUGCUGCACAACAACAACAGCAGCAGCAGCAGCAACAACAGCUUGGAUAUUCUUCCCAGCAGCAGCAGCAGCAGCAGCAGCAGCAGCAGCAGCAACUUGGCUAUCCUGGCCAGCAGCAACAGCAGCAGCCACCUGGGUAUCCUGGCCAGCAGCAACAGCAGCAGCCACCUGGGUAUCCUGGCCAACAACAACAGCGACGAAAUGGCCAACAACAACAACAACAACAACAGCAGCAGCAACCGCAACCACCUCGCUAUCCAGCCCCAGUCCCCCAGCAACCACCUCGCUAUCCAGCCCCGGUCCCCCAGCAACCACCUCGCUAUCCAGCCCCAGUCCCCCAGCAACCACCUCGCUAUCCAGCCCCGGUCCCCCAGCAACCACCUCGCUAUCCAGCCCCAGUCCCCCAGCAACCACCUCGCUAUCCCCCCCAGCAGAUAAAACUGCCCUGCCACGGCGCUGCCCACAGCGCUGCUCAUGGUGCGCUGGCGUAUCCUCAACCCUCCCAAGCUCCAGCAGAAGCAACCCCGGCAUUCUGGCUGUCCCUAUUUGCCAAAGCUGCAGCGUCCUCAGGCGCACCGCCACACUGGCCGCCCUCCCCUGCAGCAGCAGCGGCCCCAGGCGCCCACGCGUCCUGGCUAUCCUCUCCUGCAGCAGCAGCGGCCCCAGGCGCCCACGCGUCCUGGCUAUCCUCUCCUGCAGCAGCAGCGGCCCCAGGCGCCCACGCGUCCUGGCUAUCCUCUCCUGCAGCAGCAGCGGCCCCAGGCGCCCACGCGUCCUGGCUAUCCUCUCCUGCAGCAGCAGCGGCCCCAGGCGCCCACGCGUCCUGGCUAUCCUCUCCUGCAGCAGCGGCCCCAGGCGCCCACGCGUCCUGGCUAUCCUCUCCUGCAGCAGUGGCCCCAGGCGCCCACGCGUCCUGGCUAUCCUCUCCUGCAGCAGCGGCCCCAGGCACCCACGAGUUCUGGCUAUCUUCUCCUGCAGCAGCAGCAGCGGCCCCAGGCACCCACGAGUCCUGGCUAUCUUCUCCUGCUGCAGCAGCGGCCCCAGGCGGCCAGGCGUCCUGGCUAUCCUCUCCUGCUGCAGCAGCAGCAGCAGCAGAAGCAGCAGCAGCGGCCCCAGGCGCCCAUGGGUCCUGGCUAUCCUCGCCUGCAGCAGCAGCGGCCCCAGGUGCCCACGCGUCCUGGCUAUCUUCUCCUGUAGCGGCCAAAGGCACCCACGCGUCCUGGCUAUCUUCUCCUGUAGCGGCCAAAGGCACCCACGCGUCCUGGCUAUCUUCUCCUGCAAGAGCAGAAGCAGCAGUGGCCCCAGCGUCCUGGCUAUCCUCUCCUGCGGCGGCAGCGGCAGCGGUGGCCCCUGGCUCCCCGGCCUCCUGGGUAUCCUCUCCUGCAGUUGCUUCGGCUGCUGCCGCAGCAGGCUAGCUAGUUUCUGGCCCCGGUGGCCUAGCAGGCUGGCUACCCAGCAGUGACAGCCACAGGUGCAACCAACCAGUUGUUACUAUUGUGGCGGAACAAAGUUAAGUCUGGAUAAUGGCCUCAAAAGCCACCUACCUGUCAAAGGUGCCCUAGUAGCUGUAGAUAUUGCAGGUACCUCAGCGGCCAGUCUACAAACAAGAACUAUACCAUUUUUGCCCAAAGGGCUCCACAAAUGGUACAUUUAUAGUAACAUUGAGUAUUUAUAUGGUCUUCAAUCAAAUCCAUUCCAAAACGGCAAUAGGCAAGACAUCGCAACACUGGAGGUUCUAGACUCCUUCCAAUUGAGCGGUUUUAUAAACUUGUCGGAUUGUUAUAAACUCUACUACUUGUAUCCUACUCUCAAUAAAUCUUU